GGGUCGUUUCCGGCUGUCAGUUGGUGCAUUGGCUGGUAGCAACGGUUGCUGAUAUGAGUCCAGAUUUUGGUGAAUGUUUCGUCUAUAAGUAACCCCGCCUUGCUGGUGUCACAUCCUGAGUGAUGGACCCGGUGGUGCUGAGUUAUCAGGACAGCUUGCUGAGGCGCUCGGACGUCUCCCUGCUGCGAGGCCCUCACUGGCUCAACGACCAGGUGAUCGGCUUCGCCUUCGAGUACUUCGCCGCAGAGCGCUUCAAGGGCCUGGGUGACACUGUGUGCUUCAUCAGCCCUGAAGUCACCCAGUUCAUCAAGUGCGCCUCGUGCCAGGAAGAGCUGGCGGUCUUCUUAGAGCCACUAAGGCUCGAGUCGCGUCGAUGGGUCUUUCUAGCGGUCAACGAUAAUUCCAACCAGGUGGCCGGCGGCUCACACUGGAGCCUGCUGCUUUACCAACGUGACUCUGGUCAUUUCUCCCACUACGACUCGCAGAGCCAAGGCAACGCCUUGCAUGCCCGACGCAUCGCCACCAAGCUCCAGGAUUUCCUGGGCUCCGGGACUGACGCGCCCAUAGUGGAAGAGGCGUCUCCCUUGCAGCAGAACAGCUACGACUGCGGCAUGUACGUGAUCUGUAACGCGGAGGUGCUUUGCGAGAGCGUUCAAGCCAAAGGCCGUGCCCGGCUCCCGGCGAACACCAUCACACCCGCGUACAUCACCAGGAAGCGGACAGAAUGGUACUCGCUGAUUCAAAAACUUGCAAAGGACUAGAAAACGGGGACGAUCAUGGAGAUCCUUCAACAUGUUGCAAGCAAACAGUCAGUUCUUACACAGGUUUCAUCAGCAUGUGUUGCUAAUUAGAAGAAACUCAACUACAACUACGCAUGUGCUUCGCUAAUACUCGGACCUUUUAUCAGGGUUCGCGCUAUUAUAUUUAUGUAAGGAAUAACACACUUCGGGCGGCUAGCGGUUAGCCGCGGCUCCGCCCGCGUACAUCCACCUAAUGAUGAUCUGGUAAUCAAAUGAAGAUCUAUUAUUACCUCAUGGUAGGACAAAAGUUGAUGAUGAUGCUGAUACUGUUACAUUCUUUGAGGAACGUCUGUGACACACACAUGAACCUGAGUCUUGCAAAAAAAAAAUUAUAAUUUCAGGAAAAGAAAAAUAGUAUGAUGUUUAAUAUUAAUAUAAUAUUUAAUAAUUUUAUCAGAUAUAUCAAUAUAUAUAGUAUAGCAAUAAAAUUAAAACAUUUAUACAAGUUUUUCUUUUCCUGGAAUAAAUUUGUUUUGGCUGACUGUGUAUAUGUAUAUACAGUAUCUUACAAAAGUAAGUACACCCUCACAUUUAAGCAACCACUUUAUUGUAUGUUCUCAAGAGGCAAUACUCACUCACUCAUCUUCUAUACAGCUUUAUCCCAUAUUCAGGGUCGUGGGGGGCCUGGAGCCUAUCUUCAGAGGCUUAGGGCACAAGGUGGGGUACACCCUGGACUGGGUGCCAAUCUAUCGCAGGGCACACACACAUACACUGCGGAAGGAAAACGGGAAGGACAUGCAAACUCCACGCACACAGAGGCGGGAAUCGAACCCGGACCCUGGAGGUGCAAGGCGACCACUAUUAGUACACCACCGUGCCACCCAGAGGCAAUAACAAUAACUUAACAUGCAAACUUUAUUGUCUAAAUAACCGGUUUACACUAAUUUGAAUAUUUGGUGUGUGUGAGCGCCAUCGUUAUCUAUCACGGCUUUAAUCCUCCCAGAGCUGCACAUGUUGUUGCUGGGACCCUCUUCCACUCCUCCAUAAUGAUAUCACGUAGCUGCCGGAUGUCAGACACGCGGUGCUUCGCCACCUUCCGUUUGAGGACGCCACACGUGUGCUCAAUAGGGUUCAGGUCUGAAGACAGACAGUUACUCGACCACUGACGAACACGUGAACACGAUAAACAGGUCGUGUGGUUUAAGAUGUACAGCUGUUAUCACUCAGUUUUGCUGCCAGCUGUUUUGACAAUAAUGGCUGUAUGUUGAGUUAUUUUCAGAGGACAAUAAAUCUGUACUGUUCUACUACAAGCUGCACAUUGAGGAUU